GGCACAUGCUGCCCUCACUCCGCUAUCCGCCUCUAUCCGUCAUUAAAUCAAAUUAGUAGUAAGGUUUAGUCGAUGGAUUUAAAUUAAGUUUAUUGUUAAAAUCUAGUAUUUAUAUUAGGAUAGUACUCUCGGGUUGCUAAAAAGAAAUUUAGCAAUGUUGCUGCCUUUGUUGAAUGCGUUUUGGAAUGAGGAUGUCUGGUUGCCGCCUAAUACAACAUGGGCUGAUCUGGCGCCCGGACCAGAUAAGGCAGUAAUUUAUACGGACCACAGGCAUGUCUUUUUUCCGAUACCGUUAGCACUGGUGUUCAUAACUCUUCGCUAUAUAUUAGAAAGAUUUGUAUUUGCACCGUUUGGACGGUACCUCGGUAUUAAGGAUGUGAAGCCUAGAAAACCACCAUCCAACCCAAAGCUUGAAGUUGCAUAUAAAACUUCUCCGAGGACCAAACAGCAAAUAUGCAGCCUCGCGAAACAGUUGGAUAUGUCGGAGCGCCAGGUGGAGAGGUGGCUUCGAAAGCGCAAGUGCCAGGACAAACCCUCGACCCUGGUUAAAUUCUGCGAGAACAUGUGGAAGUGCACCUUCUACAUCUGUAACUUCAUUUUUGGUCUCAUCGUACUGUGGGACAAGGUCUGGCUUUGGGAUAUAGACCAAUGUUAUCUGGGCUAUCCCCAUCAGGGUCUCACUCCGGACAUAUGGUGGUAUUACAUGAUAUCGGCAGCGUUCUACUGGUCUCUGACCAUAUCUCAGUUCUGGGAUGUUCGUCGUAAGGAUUUCUGGCAGAUGUUCGUCCACCACAUCGCCACCAUCUUACUGCUGUCUUUCAGCUGGGUGUGUAACCUUCAUCGGAUUGGUACACUGGUGCUGCUGCUGCAUGACUGUGCUGAUAUAUUCGUUGAGGCGGUGAAAGCAGCGAAGUAUGCGGGUUACCAGAAAUUGUGUGACAGUCUGUUCGUCGGACUCAUUGUUACAUGGAUUAGUACCAGAGUUGGAAUAUUCCCAUUCUAUAUUAUUUGGAGUACAUCAAUCCGUGCUCCCAUGCUUCUGCCGAUGUUUCCGGCCUACUACAUUUUUAACUCUCUGCUAUGUCUGCUACUGAUACUGCACAUUGUGUGGACUUGUCUGAUACUACAGAUAGCCUAUAUCACAAUUAAGGCCGGUCAGAUGGAAGGAGACAUCCGUAGUUCCAGUUCAGAACUGAGCGAGAGCCCUAACCACUCAAACCACAGCUCGCCCACACGAGCCAACAAUAAAAAGCAUAUAUAAAUCCGUUAUAAGAAAAAUGCAGAAGACUUAAGAGCAUUUUGACUUGGUUUGAAUAGAUAAAGUUUGUGUACAUGUAUUUAUAGCCAACUACGCUGGAUUAAUGACUAUUUAAAAUUAUGUUGUAUUUAUAUGGUAACAUUAUUAAAAUUGAAAAGGAACAGAGAUUAUUGUAAUAUGAAAUGUAUUCUUAUUAAAAGUAUUUAAAAGAUAUUAUGUAUUAUAGUAUAUACUAUAUAUAGCUGCAUAUAUAGUCAUAUAUCAUUCCGUGUGUAUUUAGUAUACAUUAUAUACACUUCCAAAAUUAUAGAGAUACCAUAAUUUGCUUAAGCAAAAACACAUGUGUCAAGUAAUGAUAGAAACUUUAAACUCCUUCACUUACAAAACUGUCAGUGUUGCAUGAAAUAAUAUAAAAGAUUUGUUUUAAAUACCAAAAAAAAAAAAAAAGGGAAGAAUUUAAUAGCGUUUCUAGUAAAUUUGAUAUUUUUUAAUAUAUAUUUUUUUAUAAAUAGGCAAGUGUAAAACUUGGUAUUAGAUUUUUUUUUAUAACAAUAUUUCUUACAUUAAUUCCAACAACUCUGCUUCCUCAUACAUCUAAGUAUACAUUUUAUAGGACAUUUACUAGUAUUGUAUAUAAAAUUAAUAUAUGUAUAUUAAGUCUAUUUUUCUCUGGGACCACAUAAUCAGACUUAGUGCACUCGUGUGAUCAAUAUUAAAAAUUUCAAUAACUUUUAUAGUUUACUAAAACUCUAACAUAGCUUCCAUUGUGAAGGAAAUUUAGAUUUAUUUAUUAUUUCUAUUAAAUUUAUAACACAUUAAAUAGCUGGAUAGUGAGUGCUAGUUCAUCCUAUAGAAAUUAAAUAUUUUAUAAAGGUAUGUCCCUUGUUCGGCAUUAUAUAAAAUACUUGCAUAAGUGAUUUAACAGAUUAUAAUUCUGUAAUGUGUUAUUAAUUUUCCUAAAAAAGUGUUCAUUAAAUAUAUUGAUACUUUACUGAACAUCUCUGUGAAUCAAAACAAUAAUGUAAAGAUGUUUGAUAACUAUUUACAAUAACCGCUCAUAUAAAUUGCAUCUACUAUUUUCAUAUACUCGCCUUGUGGUAUAUACAUUUUGAGCCUACACCACACUAUAGAUGUAUAAGUCUCGAAUAAAUUUGUAUAUUUUAUAAAUUAGUAAGAGGUGAAUUAUUUCUAUCUAUGUAUCUGUUCACUGCAACAAGUUUAUCUAUCAUUGUGUAACAUUUUAAUAUUUCUCAAAUUAAUUAUAUUUUGGUUUAAAUAUUAAAUAUUUUGAAAUAUUAGAUAGUUAAAAAAGGCAAAUUUCUGUUGUACUGUCAUCCCACGUGUACAUUUUUUUUUUUUAAUAUUUUAUUAUUUAUAAAGUAAUUUUAGGGCAAACAUUGUUUUUAAUGUUAUAUGUUUACUGUAGCUGUAACGAAUUUUAGCUAGUUUUUUUUUUUUCUAAGACCUUUGUGCUAUGUUUAUGUCCAAAGUGGUCUACCAAAUGAAUUAAUAUUAAAACAUCACAUGUAAGUAUGGAGAAUAAUUGAAAUUACGUUUUAAUAUAUAUAAGUUCAAGAAUGUAUUUAUAUAUAUUAAAAGAUAUUAAUACUUCUUAAUCUUAUUGAAAAUGUUAAUUAAAAUAUUUGAAUUUUUUUUCCUCAUAAUUUAGAAUUAAUAAUCGCAUUUGUAACUGUAAUAUUUAAUAAUAAUUAAAGCGUGUUACGAAUUUAUGUAUUGGUGUAUUUAAUAUAUAAAAAAAUAUAUAUAAUGGAAUUGGUAAAUAGAUAUAAUCACACUUAAAUUGUAAACAGUAGAAUGUUGUCACAUGCUGUACGUUUUAAAGUAAAAUUAUAUGGCUUCUAAAUAAAUAAGUUAUUUGAAUAUUAUUGAAAAAUAAUUCACUUGUAGAAAAAUGUUUAUUCUGGUAAUUGCCAUAAUAUAAAGUACAUCUAAUUAACUUAAACAGUCAUGAUGGCCGAUAUUAAUGAUAUUAUUCCAAACUAUUUCAUUACUUAAAGUAUUAAGAAUUUCUUUUUUUUUUCAUUCACAGACAGACCGUUUGAUAAAAGAUAGCAAUAAUUGUGUUGUUCAGAACCAACGGCGUGACGAGACGUCUUUAUUGUAAUAAGAGUUCUUAGUAUCUUCCAUAGCGUAUUACUAAUGGAAUCAUUACCAGAAAACUACUGCAUUAAAGAAUUUGUCUAUUUUCGUAUGUUUAUAAUAUUAUUUAUCACGCUUCUGCCAUAAUUUUACAUCGGCGAUGUAAUCGAGGGGAAUGUAAAAAAAAAGGAGAAUAUUACACUUAAAAGGUUUGCUAGGGGCUUACAAGUGUUCAAGCAAUAUUAAAAAUUUCUUAGUGGCAAAUGUCACCUAGGCAACCUGCUAUGUUAAUUAUUGUUUUAGGUUAUUUUGAAUUUGAAAAUAAAAGGCCAAUUUGAAUUAUGAAA